GGACACCAGGGAUUGCGGCCGACAUCCGGUAGGCCGGUCUGUCGGCCCAAAAAGGCCUUGAAAAUAUUGCCGUCAUCUUUGGUCUUCGUCCAAAACUAAAACUUUUGAGGGUACGCAUUAUUCCUGUACGACAGCCUUCAACUCACUUGAAUCCAGAUGGCCACCACGACCGCCAAACCCGCCAUAGAGGCCGUCACAAAAUACACCAAAGCAACCUCCCUAGCGCGUUUCGGCCUCGUCCCCACCCCAAAAAAGAAUCUCCCUCGAGACAAACGAACGCGACUACCCAUCCCACCCACAACCAUCAUAACUCGCCAAUUCGCCCCAUGCCGGUUCGAAGACCAUUACUACAACACCCUCCAAGACGACGUCAUGUACAUGACCUACGUCCAUGAACGCGGUCCUCGCCCACCUCCCCGGCAAAUCCGACUCAAAUUCGACCCAGAAGACCCUUACUCCAAAUACCGGAAAAAUCCCCCAGUCGGCGGGUCUCAUCUGGGACGACAGCCCCCGCCGCCCUCGUCGCCUGAAAACGUCACGAAGCUGGAGAAGAUCCAGAUACACACUAUGGUAAAGCAGGCGGUGAUGAGCAAGAGCGAGGUUCUGGGUGUGGUCAUGGCUCUCCGGGCGCUAUCAGGAGAGACGGAAAACGGUGGUGGAGGAAAACAUACCGUGGAAGGCGUGCAAAUCGUCAAGGGAAAGAAACAAGUCGGUGGCUGGCUAAGGCCCGGGAUUCCCAUCGGCGCCAAGGUCACAAUGAAGGGCCAAAACAUGUACGAUUUCAUCGGUACCCUCGUCGAAUUCGUUCUCCCUCGUCUUCGGGAGUUCGACGGCCUUGCUCUCCCCAUCGCCGGGUCCAAUAUAAACAAACCCAGCUCUGUAUCUGGCGUCGUGUCCAUGGGUUUGCCGCCUGAAGCUAUGGGCUUCUUCCCUCAAAUUGAAGUGAACCAGGAGGCCUACCCAAGGCAAUACGGAAUGCACAUCCACUUCAUCACCAACGCUCAGGGAGUUGGAGCACAGGACCGUGCUAGGGCAUUGGUAUCAGGAUUCCAGAUACCAUUCAUUCGCACUGUCCGACAGUAAAGGAAACUAGCUGUAUUAGACUAACUUUAUAUACAACAAACAUAUUAUCGACAACUUGGAAUCUAAGCCAGAGAGAGUAUGUCACCUUCUUCGAUGUCCGCGAAAAGAGAAGGGAUACAAGGGUAAGAGGAUGA